UUAGUCCCUCUGUAAACCCUACUUCAUUAGAAAAAACAAGAAAAAUUACCAUUCCUAAAUCGCCAGUACAAACAUCUCAAAAUAUUAAACAAAAGCAAAAGUCAAGUAUCCCUAGUCAAAAUAUAAGUGAAAAUUCCUUGCCUAUAGUUAGUACUCACCCACUACUAUUUUCAGUCACUAUAAAGUUAUUAGAGGAAGAAAGGAAUUUUGAAACUACUAUCACCAGCCCUUUUAUUUCAGAUACACUUGAACCACCUGAGUCAACUUUACUAUACCCUUCUCUGUCAUAUUUUCCUCUAGUUAAUCAAGUACAGUUCCAACACAAGUAG